UUGCCAUUUACUGAUAGCUGUGAAUCAAUUUCCAGUCAGAAUUACACCCAGAGAGCGUGUUCAUAGCUACAAAAACCCACUUGGAUUCUGUCAAACUCAUUCAGGAACAUGUGUCUGCAUGUCGUAACCGACCGCACAAGUUUAAUUCUCAUUUUUGUUUUUGUUACAUGUAAUUUAGCUUGAGUUGGUCUCCUAGGGAACCCAUUUUUCCUUCUGUUUGGCGCUCUUGUCGCCACCUGACAGUUGUACGUCCCCCAGACGGCCACAUGGGGGCGGUGUUGUGUGGCUGAAAGAGUCACCGAAUGACAUUUGAAAAGGGGACCGGAGCCUCAGACAAUGGAUGCGAUUAUGCGAGCGCUCGGAAUCAAGGAGCGACAUUAUUACAGAGAUGCAGCGGAUUUGAUGUAAACCGAGUUUUCUUUAGCAGCAGCAGAGACAGAGCUGUUCUGGAACCGACUUUAUCCCCACCUCGCCUUAUUUUUUGGAGGCUAAAGCUCGCGUCUGCACCGCAUCCCUCUCCGCGUUAUUGUUGAUCCAGGCCCGCCCAUACUCCACAGCAUCUCCGUGGAAAAAAAAAGAGAGAGCAGUGCUGCUUCUCAACUCACUACAACGGAGGAAGGUGAGUCUGCUGAGGAAGCAGCUUUAAGGUGAAAUGCGGACCGUUUUGAUCAUCUGCGGAUAAAUAUUGUUUCAAAUACGCCACGGAUGCUCCAGUGCUCUUGAGUGUUUGCUGUGAUGGACUUCCCGGGUCAUUUCCAGCAUAUUUUCAAGGAGCUCAACCAUCAGCGCCUGCACGCCCAGCUAUGCGACUGUGUGGUGGUGGUGGGAGGUCAGACCUUCCAGGCCCACCGCUCCAUCCUGGCUGCCAGCAGCUCUCACUUCAGGGCUCUCCUCAACUCCAGCGAUGAGGGGGAAGGAGUCCGGCGCGUGAUGGAGCUGGAUCCGGAGGUUGUGACACCGGAGGCCUUCUCCACCCUGCUGGAUAUGAUCUACACCUCCACCCUCUCCUUGGGGGUCUCCAAUGUGAUGGACGUGCUGUUGGCGGCCUCCCAUCUCCACCUCAACGCCGUGGUCAAGGCCUGCAAGCUGCACUUGUCCAGGAAAAACUUUCCUGCCUCGGCACCUAAAGGCUGGAGGUCGGUGCAGCAGCAGCAGCAGCGGCGGCAAAGUCCCUGCUCCCAGGCGGCGAGCGCUCCACAGCAUCAGGUGACCUCGGCCACGGAGGAAGACCCUGAGCCGCGAGACGUGGGAGUGGAGGUGAGCCAGUCUGGAGAGGAUGAAAAUGAAGGCGUGCCAGGCGGCCAACCCGCGGCGCCGUCUUUGAGGCAAAAGAGAAAGUCACACGAGGAGAUGCUUGGCGACAGGAAGAGGAUGUUCGGCUACAAGGAGUGUUCGCCCACUGUGACCAGGAGCACAGAGGAGGGAGGAGAAGAUCUGUCCUCGUCGGGCUUCCUGAAGACGACAGGCAGGCAAUGGGACAACCGAGGUGACGAAGAAGAUGAGGAGGAAGAGAAAUUUGAGGCGACCAAAGGGGAGUUGGAGGAGAUCCAGCUGCCGACUCAGUCGGACAGCAGCACAGGAGGAGCGGGGGCGUGGAAGAAGGCGGAGGACACAGACGGGGACCCUGUGGUCAAAGUUCAAGUUGAAAAAGAGGAGCAGGAGGAGCCGAGGAUAGCAGUGGUGGAGGUGAAAAAGGAAAACCUGACUUCAUACUCCAGCGAUUUAGACACGAUGCCAAACAUCUCUCCUCCAUCCCCGCUGGAGGCCCAGAUCGGCGACGGGAAGAUGGCCGUGCCCGACCCGCCAGCGGCUGACGCUGUCACGUUAACGUCGCAGCUGUGCACAGAUGUUCCCACAGACGCGCUGACGGGGAGCGCGGAUCUGGCUGCGGACACGGUGGACGGCGAAGGCCUGGACAGCUUCUCUGAGCUCGCCUUUUCCUGCUUCCUCAACCCCAGCGCUGAAACCGUCAUGGGGGCUUUGGGAGAAGAAGAUACCCUGGCUACUCUGACGGCUGCCGCCACGGCCGCCGCCGCUGCCAGCGACGCACCCGCGGCUCCGGAAGCUGCAACCACACAAGGUCAAAAGUCAGAAGAGACGACCGCGUCUUCCGUCCAUCCUUCUGAUCCUUCAGCAUCUCUGGUUUUCCCAGUAACCCCCGUCCCCUUGCAGCAGAUUCUCCCGGCCCAGAGCUCCGGAUUCGGCGACACGAUCAUCCUCCAACCCAAUCAGAACUCCCUGGCGGGGUUCUUGAGCGGCAUCCGGCCGGGCCUCAGCCUGGACGCCGCCGUCGUCCAACCCUCGAGGGCCGGGAAGAGCGCCGGCGCCCCGGCUUUCCGUCGCAUCGCCCCCAAAGUGGUGCCCGGAUCAGAACCCUCCGCGGACGCGCUCUCCGGAUCUGCUGAGAGCGCAGAGAGGCCGAGCCUGACCAGAGCCUCCGACGACGUCCUGUCCAAGUGCAAGAAGGCGGCCGCCGAGGACCACGUGCUGCUGGUGGAGGGGGAGAAGAAAUACGCCUGCAAGAUCUGCUGCAAGACCUUCAUGAACCUGACCGACUGCAAGAAGCACAUCCGCGUCCACACCGGGGAGAAGCCCUAUCCCUGCCCCAAGUGCGGCAAACGCUUCAGCCAGUCCUCCCACCUCUACAAGCACUCCAAGAACACCUGCAUGAGCUGGAAGGACGACCAGAGCUUCCAAGACUCUCUGCUCUAAUCUGCACUAAAGACACUCAUGAAAUGCCUCGUUUUACCCCCGUUAUGAAGGAAAAGAAAGUCGUGCCUUUUCCUGUUCCACGCCGUACGAUGAGAUUCUCUCAUGGUCCUUAUGAUUUAAGGCACUAUUGUGGAAAAUCCUGAGAAAACAACCUAAUUUACACCAGAAUAUGUGGAGGGGAAAGAAAUCCUGAAGGUCGAAAUGAUGCGUUUGAUCCACUUUAUUCAAUUUAAUUUAAUAAGGACACUUUUAUUAAAUGCUAAGAGACAAGUUUCUGUACAUAUAAAAUGGACACUGAAGUUAUUUUCUCCCCGAAAACAGCGUUUUACUGUUUAAUAGGUGCAGAUGUGCAGCCUUAAUGUCUGAAUAAAGCACGGAUCAGCACAAGCAAUGCUCAUUUUUAUAAGAAUCACAUCUAACAAGGUAGCAAAACACUCAUUCUAUUUUAUUAUUCAAGAUUAGAACUAUUUUCUAAAAA